AUGUCCACCGCGGUUGUCAGUUCCCUUGUUUUGAUUCUUCUCACUCUUUUUCUAUUUUCCACCCUUUGUUUCUCUCAACCCGACGCCGUUCCCCUCCUCAAGUUCAAGAAAUCGUUGAAGAACGGCGAUUCGAAGUUGAAGAAUUGGAUCCCAAACUCGUCACCUUGUCGGAGAAAAUGGGUUGGCGUAAUGUGCGUUGGUGAAACCAUCAUUGGUCUCCAUUUGACGAAUCUAGGUCUCUCAGGUUCUAUCGAUGUCGAAGCUUUGUCUCAGCUUCGUAGCUUGAGAACCAUCCGUCUGGUGAAGAAUGCCUUCACCGGACCGAUCCCCGAGUUCAAUAAACUCGGGGGUUUAAAGGCUAUUUACUUAUCGAACAAUCAGUUCACCGGCGAGAUACCAGAUACGUAUUUCGGAUCGAUGAGAAAAUUGAAGAAGGUGUGGCUGAAUGAAAACAAGUUCACCGGGAAUAUCCCAAGCUCAUUGAUGCAAUUAUCCAACCUCGUGGAAUUGCAUUUACAAGGGAAUCAGUUUUCCGGGAAAAUCCCGGAGCUGAAAUAUCCCGAUGUUCUUAAAUCACUUGAUUUAAAGGGUAAUCAACUCGAAGGGAACAUCCCAAAAAGUAUGUCCAAGUUCAACGCUUCCACAUUCGAAGGGAACGUUAGGCUUUGUGGGGAACAACUUGAUAAAGCUUGCCCUCCCUCACCCCUCUCAAAUAAACCGACUUCACCUUCCACCCUCACCAUAAUCGUAACCUACGUAACUUUUUUCGUCGUAUUCUUUUUUGUGAUAACCAAAAUUGCUUCGACGAUAGAGGAGAGAGACGAAAAUUUGAAGAACCUAACUAAUUUUAGGGAAACUUUGAAGAAAGUACACGUCGUGUCCGGCUCGACUCGACAUACAUCAAUAGAAUCGAGUCGGAAGAGUAGUUCAAAUAGUUUGAGCUUAAAGAUCAGACAAGGGUCAUCACAGAAAGGGAACAAGAAUAAGAUGGAUGAUUUGAUAAUGGUGAACGAAGAAAAGGGUGCCUUUGGGUUUGAAGAUUUGAUGAAGGCCGAGGCCGAGGUGCUCGGAAACGGUCCGUUGGGCUUGUCAUAUAAGGCCGUGCUCGAGAACGGAUUGCCUGUGGUGGUGAAGAGGAUGAGAGAGAUGAAUAAGUUGGGGAAAGACGAAUUCAUAGUCUUAAUGAAACGAUUCGGAGAAUUUAAGCACCCAAACAUUUUGACACCAUUGGCAUUCCAUGUUAGAAAAGAGGAGAAGCUUAUUAUUUCGGAAUAUAUGCCUUGUGGUAGCUUGUCGUAUGCCUUGCACGGCGACCGAGGAUUUUUUCAUGGAAGAUUAAAUUGGCAAAAUCGUUUGAAGAUCAUCAAAGGAAUCGCCAAUGGACUUGGUUACAUCCACACAGAGUUAGCAACCAACGUUGUUCCCCAUGGUAACCUCAAAUCCAGCAAUGUUCUUCUCACCGAAUCCUAUGAUCCGCUAUUAAGCGAUUACGGCUUCCACACAUUAGUAAACUCCGACAGAGUCGUUCAAGGAUUGCUCGCUUUCCGGUCCCCGGAAUGUCUCCAAAUCCAACAACAUGCCUCUCCCAAUUCCGAUGUUUAUUGCCUUGGCAUUGUCAUCCUCGAAAUCAUGACUGGUAAGCACCCUUCGCAAUAUUUGAACGAUGAUGACAGUGGGAUCGACAUCGUGCAAUGGGCAGAAUCGUCGAUAUCAGAGAACCAUGGUGAAGAGCUGAUUGAUCCUGAAAUAUUGUCAAGUGGUAUAGCUUCGAUCGACCAAAUGAUCAAAAUCAUUCGAAUCGGAGUUGCUUGCACUAAAAAUAACCCUGACCAACGAUUAAGCUUGAACGACGCUAUUAAUAUUAUUCAAGAUGUUAAUUAA